AGGGUUACCGCGUUGCCCCCCACCAUCUUGUCCACAAAUCUUCCAAAAUAAGGUCGCAACCUGCAAGCCUUAAUCUCAGUGACCAGUUUGGAUCCUCGCCUUGAAGCCUUCAGUCACUUCUACUUUCCUCUAUACCAUAUGGCUUUCAACUUUCAACUUUCAAUUCAAGAUUGAUGAAGAUAUCGACGACGGACCAUCCGCACGGUAGAAAGAUUCGCAAAGGAUAUCCGCGUCGACCUACAGCAAGAUUCCAAAGGAGUUGAGUGGAAAUAAUAUUGCUAUCCUGAGGCAGAGUUUUUACUGGCUCCCCUCGCUUGGCUCUGAAGAAUAAAACGACUCAACCAGCCUAAUUAAAGAGACGCCAAAUGGCCAAGGCUAAGAGCUCCCGGAUUACUUGGUGGCAGCAGCUUGGACCAGCUUGGACCCCCCUUUGUCGUCUCAACUUGGAAAGAGCUCUUCGGCUAGACUUCAGAAUUGAUGACACGUUUGUUACCUGGGCUUAUAAGUAUAUGGAAACCAGUCCACAUUCCAAAGCAUGCUUUGACCGUCCAUUGUUCAAAACCUUGCAUAUAAAGCGGCCAACGCCGCCCACAUUUCUAACUUCUCAUUUCGCCGUAGGCUCCGAGUCGACUGUUCGCCACUUAUUAUGGAAACCCCCUUCUUUCCUCCAACCAAGACAGUUAAAUUUUCAUACCGUGAAAAUGGUACUGUUGUACUCGCUCAUGAUGAUGCCAUUCAUGAUCAGGAUGCUAGAGAGCUGAACACGUCGUCGAUGUCGUCCAACAGUCCAACCCUACCACAGGCUCUCAAGCCACACGCCACGAUCAUGCAGUCAGAUACCCCGGCGUCCUGUCUCAUGCCUGCUGUCCAACGAUGUCCCUUGAGGGUCGGGAUGUGGUAUUUUGAUAGAGAUCCUUGUCGUUCGACUGAUCCUUUCGAUCUCCUGUUCUCACGACAAGAAUGGGAUGGGUACUGCGAAAAAGAAGAACAGCGAAAGCGUGAAGAGAUGUUUACGGCACGAAUAAGACAGCAAGCGCAAGAGCUGGAAUUUGAAGAUCUGGAGCUGGACUCUGAAGGGGAGAUGACCAUAUCGGAGCACACUGCAUCAGCAACGUCUCCGAGGAAAUGCAAAGCCGUGACGGUCAGAGGAAACGGAGGAAAAGCGCGCACUGUCAGGUUGUGGUGCAAGGACCGGGAGGAGCAGGCUGCUCUGCAGUUGAAGGCGAAGAUGAAAAAGUCGAAGUUCAUGGUGUCUGCGAAGGAUAGAUCUACUACACCAACACCUAUUGAGUGCGACGGGACAGGGAACAGCGCUCUUCCUGUAGACUAUAUUGGCAGUUAUUCGGGCGUCGCUUGUCGCAGGUCACCUCGCAAGCGGCGCAAUACAGGUACCCAAGCAUCACCUUUCUAAUCUAAAUCUAUCUCCUAGACUACGUUAUGAUUCACGUUCAGGCUCUGUUUUAUG